UUGAUAGGGGCACCGACGGCAAUUGUCGUUGGUGGCUCGGUGCCGUCGGUUAAUUCGAGCCCUGGUGGUACUAGUGAUGCCAACAGUGACUAUAGUGGCCCUGUGGGCAUGAUUUCCCUCUCGUGAUUUAGUUAGUGUAUCUCAGAGUCGAAAAGGCAUUUUGGUAGGUCUUCUUCCCUGGCAAUCGUCGAAUCGAAAUUAAAAUAUAUUCAUAUUCAUCGUUUUCGUUAUUUAUAUUUAGUUCCUUGGACUUUGAAGACUAGCCCUAUUACUUACGACUACGAGAUUACGAGGAAACUAAAAGAGAGAAGUUGUGAGCUUAUGAUAUUACAUGUGACUGACUGUAAUCACAAAACCGGUCAAUCUACGAAAAUCCUUGAUGAUAGACACACGUACAGUGGAAAAAAUUUAUUUCUGGAAAUUCGAUAGGUGAUGGAUGGAACCAGGAUGUUAUGUUAACUAUCUGAAAUCUGUGUAGACUAGCCUUUAAAAAGCAAAAGAAACUGGUUCGCAAUAUUUCGCCUGCGAGGGAGAGUUGAACCCUAUGGAAACACCAUCACAUCCAGCUUCUCAUUUCUAUUUGGGCACUUUGACUACUUCAAAACAUGAACUUAGCCAAAAAAGUGCAGAAGGUGAAAUUUCUGCUAGCAGUGCUCAGACAGUGAUUAUCAGCGGUGGCAAGAUGAAGACGGUCCGUACAUCAACGCCUGACCUGGUUCGCCAGAUGGAGUACUUUGAAUCUAGCGUUGGUAACGCGACCACGUACAUGCACGUGUUUAAGGAUGAUUGGGGUGCGGCUAACACACAGGAUCGUUCUGACACUCACAUUGUGAAUCAAACUUCGACCGUUGCCGCAACGAGUAGCUGUGUACAGCAGUCCACCUGUUCGCACGUACGCACUGAUUCAAUUGAUGGAUCAGACUCGACGAGAACCUUUCUGAAGUUUGCAAAGCAGCGCAGGGGUAGAGUUAAGGCUGAAACUCUACGCCCCAUGGGGGUGAGAGCCAGAAGGAAGAUGGAACUGGACUCUUGUGCUGAAUGUUCUAAGAAAGCUGAAGGUAACCCAUGUGAAGAGACAUCAGCAGUGGAAUCAAUGCAAGCCACCACAACGUAUGCACCUGCUGCUAGCAUCAAAAGAGGACAGUAUAGAUCAAGAAUGAUGGAUUCUGCGCGCCCGAAUCACUCUUACAUGCACCUUAUCAGGCUGGCUCUAAUCGCAGCGCCGUCCGGCAAACUUACCUUAAGAGAAAUCUACACGUGGAUAGAGCAAAACUUUCCAUACUUCAAGACCUGUUCUCAGGGAUGGAAGAACUCCAUUCGACACAAUCUCUCCUUGUAUGAUCUCUUCGUGAGAGAACCACCGAGUUUUCCUCAGUCGUCGAACGGACCGUCGCUAUGGAAACUCAACAUGGCUGUCAUGGCUGGCCAAGAUAGCAAAGAGCGAUUGGCGGAGGCUGUGUCGCACCCGAUCGCCACACCCGUGCUUCUCCCGAAGAUGCACCUGGGUUCUACGCUGCUGGUGCCACUCACCUGUGUGCAGUUGGACAGUGUCGGAGGCUUCCAGCCCGUUGUCCAGCAACCCUCGCAGCAGCAGCUGCAGUCGCUACCGGUCGCCGGCGUCGGCCGCCACAUCAGGGCGAUCCUCCCCAAGCCGGCGUCGGCUGCGGCGUACGAUCUGUCGACAUAUAACGCAUCCCUCCGCAUCGAUUUCGGCGCGAGAGUGGUGACGGCUAGCCCUGCCAUGGGCGAGCUGCUGUCAAACAUGAAAGCCGCGCGCUAUAACAACGCGCUCCCGUCCGCGCUGCACGCCGAUCUCGUCGAAUCGGCACCGCGCGUUCCCGCCGCGUCCUCGGAAGGAAGCAGGGCGCAGAGGACGAGAAGUGCAGCAAAGAGGAAGCCCGCGGCAGCCGGCGGCAGCAUCCCGCGUGCUGUGACCCGCCCGCGAAUCCUCCGCGGCACGAAGCGCACGAAGACGCAGCAGCGAGAGCGCGCGGAGGCGGUGGCGCCCCCUACACCCGACGACCCGACCCUGGCGACAUCGGACAGCCUCUUCUUGUCGUCGUGGGACGGCGACGCGAUGCGGCUCUUUGACUCGCCGCGUGUGGGCUGGCUGCAGCGGGAGCUCGCGACGCCGCCGCGCACGCACCGAAUCAGCCUCACAUCGACGCCGAGCCGCGGCCUGUCGCCCGUCUACCGGCGCGACGCCAUCGCCGACAGCGGCAUCUUCAGCGACGAGAACGCCACUUAUCCGCCGCCGCCGCCGCAUCGUUUCUCCUCCCUGUCGUGCGGCGGGGCGUCGCCGCCGUGGUGCCAGACGCUUGAGUCGUCGCCGCUGAACGUGACGGGGGGUGCGGUGACGGGGUCGCUGAGAGAGCUCGGCAUCGUUGGCCUGACACCGGUGAAGCCGCGCUGCAUGCUCAACACGAGUCUGAAUCUGAGCGCAAACCAGAGCUUCUCGGACGUGCUGAGAGCGAUUGAGCUAGACAACGGCUAGGUGGGAGAGGUGGUCAGGGUAGCAGGGUAGGAGAGAUGGACGAUGGCUAGGUGAGAGAGACGUGCUCAGUGCCUUUUAGCAGGGCAGGAGAGAUGGACAACGGCUAGGUGGGAGAGGUGGUCAGGGUAGCAGGGUAGGAGAGAUGGACAACGGCUAGGUGGGAGAGGUGGUCAGGGUAGCAGAGUAGGAGAGAUGGACAACGGCUAGGUGAGGGACGUGGUCAGGGUAGCAGGGUAGGAGAGAUGGAAAACGGCUAGCAGGGUAGGAAAGAUAGAAAACAGCUAACGAGUUCCGAGAGGUGGACAAUGGCUAGGUGGAAGACGUGGUCAGCACCUAGUAGCAGGGUAGGAGAGAUGGACAAUGGCUAGGUGAGAGAGGUGGUCAGGUUAGAAGGGUACGAGAGAUAGACAACGGCUAGAUGGGAGAAGUGAUCUACACCUGGUAGGAUCAUAGUUAUCGGGAGCAUAGAUCUAGCAAGUUCAGAGAGAUGGAUGAUGGCUAGCAGAGUAGGAGAGAUGGAGAAUGGCUAGGUGAGAGAGGGGAUCAGUGGCUAGUAGGAUCAGUGUUAGCGAGUUCGGAGAGAUGGACAACGGUUAGAUGAGAGAGGUAAUCGGUGCUUGGUAGGAUCACAGUGAGAGCAGCUAGCAAGUUCAGUAGGAGAGGUGGAUAAUGGCUAGCAGGGUAGGAGAGAUGGACAACGGCUAGUGGAGUCGGAAAGUGGACAGCAUUUAGUGGGGUCAGGGAGAUGGACUGAGGCUAGCAGGGUUAGGUACAGAUGGAUUGAGGUUAGCAGGGACAGAGAGAUGUACUGGAGCCAGCAGGUCUAAAGAGAUGGACAGAGGUUAGCAGGGUUAUGCAGAUGGACAGAGGUUAGCAGGUUCAGAGAGAUUAAUUUGAAGGUUUAGUUGGGUAGAAUCAGAAGUAGAUAAUAGGGAAUUCCGUAUUAUCUACUUCUGGUGGAAUGUUGCUAGCAAGUGAUAUAAGUUUACCAUGACUAACACGUGAAAGAGAAGGACAACGCCUAGCCUUUUGGAGAGAGACAUACCGUUACCAGCAAGAUCAUGGAGGUAUAUAUACUAUAUAUACAAUAGGCAGCUGAUUCACAACAGUGAUCAGGUAGCAAGACUAAACAUACGCUAAUAGGACAACGCAUGUAUUGGUUAGCUUCACCUGAAAUGUUGAUUAGUGAUGCAAACUAGAUGCAGUCGUUUCAGGCUAUCGUUUCUUAGAUCACUGCAGUUGUCAUUAAACAGUAGCUAUAAGUAUGCACAUUGUGAAAAGGCUACUGUGUAAGUAGAUGUGUCCAGUGCAUCUAAAUUCUAAGAACAGCUAUGCUUGUGCCUGAAUGAUGACAGUUGUAAUGAAAUGUGGGUUCUUGACACGGUGGAAGAAUGCCUUUAUUUAUUUCACCCUUAAUUUAAUAUACACUUGUUGAUCAGGUUUUUCAUUUGUUGCCCCGUGAAUUAUUGUUUUAAUUCGUGCAGCUGUUUGAGUGUGUUUUGGCUCGUUCUUUACUAGUAUAAGUAUGAUGUCAUAUUAUUUGUGUAGACAUCUCGGAUAGAUCAGCUAGGGCCAACACAAGGACAUAUUUUAUAUCAUGCCAUACCGUUGUAUCUAAUCUUUGAGCACUGGAAAUGCACUGUAUAAGAUGUUAUUUUGUGAUUGCACUAAACAUUUGUGAUAUCAGAUGAUCUGGUUUACAGUAAAGCAGCUUUUUUUGUUCACAUAUUUACAUAAUUGUUUUAUCUUAUGUUACAGGUGUUAGUCAGUUUUCAUGCACACUCUACCCUGAGGGUCUUUCACAGGUAGCAGCUGCGGUUGCACUGUGAACACACGUGUGAACUACACGUGUGAACACGUAAUUGACUAGAGCGUUUACAUGAUAAAUAUGAGAAUCCCCUACACUAUGUCUAAAACUUUCGAAAUUCAAAACGUGAAGUGCUAAAGCAUAUGCUAAAGCAUGAACGUAUGCGUUCAUUAAUUCCAUGAUGGCAUCAGUACGUAUACGUAAUAAAGAUGUACUCUAUCAUA